AUGGUUCAAGCCACACACCAAAAAGAUCUUGGGGAAAUAACAAGGUGGUGGAGGAAUCUUGGGAUAGCAAGAAAUUUAAGCUUUUCAAGGGACCGAAUAAUCGAAAGUCACUUAUUUGUGGUGGGACUCAAUUUUGAGCCUCAGUACAAAUGUUUCAGAAAUUGGCUAGCCAAAGUCCUUAGCUUAAUGAUGACAAUAGAUGAUGUUUAUGAUGUUUAUGGCUCACUGCAAGAAUUAGAGCUCUUCACAAAGGCAGUUGAUAGGUAA